UUGGUUCAACAGUCUCUUCCUGCUUAGCGGUGCUCACACGAAGAUCAUAUGUGUUGUAAAUACGUUUCCUAAGAGACGUCUAUCUAUGCCACUGCAAACUAGAUUGACAGCUUUUUCUGGUUCUGGCUUUAAGAAGUAAAAACAUGGCAGAGUGCUCCGGAGAGCCAAGGACGGAGAGGAAAGUGGCUGUUAUCACUGGUAUCACGGGGCAGGAUGGGUCAUACCUGGCGGAGUUUCUGCUCUCCAAAGGAUAUGAGGUUCAUGGUAUUUUGAGACGUUCCAGCUCCUUCAACACUGGACGCAUUGAACAUCUUUACCAGAACCCACAGGCACACAUUGAAGGCAAUAUGAAGCUACACUAUGGUGACUUGACAGACAGCACAUGUCUAGUGAAGAUCAUCAACCAAGUCAAGCCAACAGAGAUUUACAACCUGGGUGCUCAGAGUCAUGUCAAGAUCUCCUUUGAAUUGGCUGAGUACACUGCAAAUGUGGAUGGCGUGGGCACACUUCGUCUUUUGGAUGCUAUAAAGACGUGCGGUCUGACCAAUAGUGUCAGGUUUUAUCAGGCCUCCACCAGUGAAUUGUACGGCAAAGUUCAGGAGAUCCCACAGAAGGAAACCACACCGUUUUAUCCUCGCUCACCCUACGGUGCUGCUAAAUUGUAUGCCUACUGGAUUGUGGUGAACUUCAGAGAGGCCUACAACAUGUUUGCCGUCAACGGGAUCCUCUUUAACCAUGAGAGUCCAAGGAGAGGAUCCAAUUUUGUGACACGCAAGAUCAGCCGAUCAGUUGCAAAGAUCCACUUGGGCCUACUUCAAAGUUUCAGUCUGGGCAACUUGGAUUCAAAGAGGGAUUGGGGCCAUGCCAAAGACUACGUGGAGGCUAUGUGGUUGAUGCUACAACAGCAGGAGCCAGAUGAUUUCGUCAUAGCAACGGGGGAGGUCCAUAGUGUGAGGGAGUUUGUGGAAAAAGCCUUCAAACAUGUGGGGAAGAGCAUUGUGUGGGAAGGAAAGAAUGAGAAUGAGGUGGGACGUUGCCAAGAGACAGGAGUUGUGCACGUAAAUGUGGAUCCCAAAUACUUCCGUCCAACUGAAGUGGAUUACCUGCAAGGUGACAGCACGAAAGCACAUCAGAAGCUCGGUUGGAAGCCUAAGGUCACUUUUGAGAAGCUGGUGAAGGAAAUGGUGGAUGCUGACAUCGAGAUGAUGAAGAAAAACCCAAAUGCCUGAGACCAAACCGUACGCCGUCUAUUUUAGUGCACAAAAAGGACCAUGUUUACUUAAUUUCGCCUUGAAGAUAAUUCCAAAUGAAGUUAUGGUGUAUGUUUGAUCUUUGUUUUGUUUUUAUCAAUUAUGGCAUUUUACUCCAAUCAUUUAAGUUACAGUGACGAUUAAAACUAUUACCUGGGAAACGUGAAUCAAUGUAAAAAUCAAUGCGGGUUUUACAACUUGUAUGUGCUUGCAUGCAGAAAGACACAAUAUAGUCUGAGAAUGCAAUUACAGAAGGAAUCACAUUGUUUGAAUAAAGCGAUCACAAAACAGUAA